CAAAUAUAACCUAAAAAAACCUUUGAACGUGAAAAUGUAACAUAUUUAUUGUUUACCAAAUAUAUUUAUUGAAAAUAUAAAAACGCUCGAAGACGAAAGUAGCAUGUUGAUUAAAAUGUGAUUAUCGAUUCAUUUACAAAUUAUAAACGUAUAAUGAAUUCCAAAAAGAUGAUUUCGAUAGUCAAGGAAUCAGAUGGGAAAGAUGGAGAAGGUAGAGCACUCAUUAAAGUGAUGGAUCGUCCAACAUUUAUAUUAAAAACAAGAGAAGGUGAUAAUAGAGCUGUUUCUCCCAGUCAACGAAAUGGAAAUAAGAAAGAGUCAGAUACUCAUUCAAGCAUAUUGACGAAGUCAAUUGAUCCAAGAACAGUUUUAUUACCUCCUCCUGAAAUGACUGGUUGUAUCAAGUUUAUGGAUGAAAAUAUGCAGCUGUGUGAUAAUCCAUUAGAAUAUUUAUUAGAUCAACAAGACUUUUUAGUAGUUGGCUGUAUAGGAACACAGGGAGCAGGAAAGUCAACUAUAAUGUCCCUUCUAACAUCAAACUAUGUAUCUAAUCUUUUCCCUGUCCAAGGCUUAUCACAACAUGAAAGUGGCAUUAAUUGUACAACUGGUAUUGAUUUUUACAUUACAAGAAAUCGAGUCAUUUACUUAGAUACUCAACCAAUAUUGUCAGGAUCUGUAAUUGAUUAUUCAUUAUGUUAUGAUCAAAAGAAAAACACAAGUGAUUUUGUUAUAAAUGAAACAAAUUUGGAAUUGCAAUCAUUGCAAUUUUUAGCAUUCUUGUACUCAGUUUGUCAUGUAAUAAUUUUUGUACAAGACUGGUUUGUGGAUCCAAAUUUGAUAAGAUUUCUUCAAGCAGCAGAAAUGUUAAAACCUUCAUCUACUACAACAAUGGAUCAAGAUUAUGUAGAAUAUUAUCCACAUAUCUUAUUUUUGCAUAACAAAGCAGAAGUACAGGAUUUUAUGCCUAAUAAUUUAGAAAUGAUGAAAGACUUCUACAAUAAAUCUUUUGCUUCUUCACGUUUGUUAAUUCACAGUGGCCUGGAUAUGAGUUCAAACACUACAGAAAAUCAUUUGAAUUUAUUCUUAAUACCUUUGAUAACUCAAGACAACGAAUAUACAUUCCACGAUGAUGAAAAGCAAUUAAUUGACAAAUUGAAAAAAAAAAUACAUGGUGUUACUAGAAAUACUAUGACUCCUUCUAAUUUAACUGAAAAAAAUUGGUACCAUUAUGUAUCAAAAGUAGUAGAAGCGAUUAAAAAGAGUCAUCUAUCUUCAGAGUAUGGUAGACUAAUGCCUUGAAAUGGCCAUGCAUUCCUUGAACAGGACAUGACAACUCAGAAGAUUUCAUUUGCCUCUGAUGACACAAGGUGGAUGAACUCAGUGCAACAGUUCAGAAUGAGUUCACGAGAUUCAUUGGCCACUCUGAUAUGUGGCAGAAUCUCCUUGAUCAUCUUAUUGAUGGAUGCUCGUGGCAAGG